AAGAUGUUUAUCGGAGGUCUUAAUUGGGAAACUACCGAUGAUUCAUUACGUCAAUACUUUUCUCAAUUUGGUGAAGUUCUUGAUUGUACUGUUAUGCGCGAUCCAGCAACACAACGCUCACGUGGUUUCGGUUUCUUGACAAUGAAAGAAAAUUCAGAUAUCGAUAAAAUUGUUAGUCAAGCUGAUCAUCAUUUGGACGGAAAAAGGAUUGACCCUAAAAGAGCUAUUCCAAGAGAUGAACAGGAUAAGACAGAAAAGAUUUUUGUGGGUGGCAUUUCUCCAGAGGUAAAUGAAGAAGAGUUUCGUGAAUUCUUUACACAAUUUGGAACCGUAAUUGAUGCUACUUUAAUGAUGGAACGUGACACAGGAAGACCACGUGGGUUUGGGUUUGUAACAUUCGAGAGUAGUAAUGGUGUAGAAGAGGCUCUAAAGAACCCCAACCUGUCCAUCAAGGAUAAGACAGUAAGUAAUUCACAUUGGAUAAAUAAUGAAAAUACAUGUUUUGGCUUAUGCAAUUGCCAUUAG